AUGUCUCACGAGAGCAGCAGCAGCAGCAGCAGCAGCAGCAACAGGAAUGCUAACGAGCAGGGAGAUUCCGAUAUGGUGAUCAUGGGGUAUUCUUUGGUUCCGGCAGUGAUGGCAGUCCUCUAUGGGAAGGCGUUUUACUUGCCGAAUAUGGGGCUAGGUCACGAUGACGACGAUGAUUGA